AUGGCACCCAAGCGCCCCAACGAUCCUUCUUCGGACUCGGUAGCACCCAGGCGUGACUACAAGCGACAACGUCUGCAGCAGCAGCGCACCAUCAAUGUACAACUACAGCGAGCACCCACGUCCACUUCCGCUUCACGCUCGGGGGCGUCGGCUGCUGCUGCUGCCCCUACGGUUCGACCACCACCACGCCCAGCCCGAACGACGGCCGCACCGAGAGCAGGUGGAUCAGCAGCACGCGGUCAGUCGGUGGGACUUGCUCGCGUUGCAAGCACCGUCGCUAAUAUACUGGACCGUCCACUCAGGCAAUGACCAGCUCCCCCCUACGAUCGACGUCGACAAGUUCGCUCAGGUCAGCAGCCGCCUCCUCGCACAUAUCCUCCGCGAUGGGUUUGCCUUGCUGACUCGGACGUUCUGUUCUACUCUAGGCCCGCUCGUUCGAGAUUGAAGCCAUGCGAAGGGCCAUCAAGUCGGCAAAGUCGGUCCACUCGCGGACAAGUUUCUUCGUCCGAGUGGUCGCUCUCGAACUAGACUGACGCGCACGCCUGGCAUCGCACAGGGAAGCGAAUACGCAACGAGCGUUCCAGUCACUACCUCGACACCUGAGACGACGGGCCGCCAGUCACAACAUUCGUCGACUACCGACCCGACUGAGGAAGCGCGCGCUGGCCGAGGUACGGACUCGCUACCAGCGACGACCUGAUGCCGGGCACGUAUCCCAGGAGCUGACCAAAAGGCCACUCCAAAUCACAGGUCCCCAAGGAUGCGGCCAAACCGAAGAAAGUGACACGCAAGAUGCUUGGUCCGAGGCGGCGACUGCGAGGGCGGUCCAAGGCGGCCGCAUUGCUCAAGCGUCAGCGCGGCAAGUUGUGGCUCGAGACCCAUGUCUGGCACGCCAAGAGGACCCACAUGACGACACGAUGGGGCCAUAGAUUGGUGAGAGGAGUAUCUUUAAAGUACGUGAUGUACGGCCAGCGCUCACCAGACACCUGAUCGACAGGCGAUUCGACCGACGGAAAAGGCUUUCCGACCGUCGUACCGCGCCAGUGUCCACGGCGCGCUCGUCCACGACGCCAGCUACCUGCAGUACAUCGAACUCACGGGGCCGCAGGAUCAACUCGAGCACCUCGUGAGGUUGCUGUGCCCCUUGACCCCGGCGGGUCCGGCUUCGAAACGGUGAGAGCGCACGAACGGGCUUGUGCCGCGUGAUGGCCCCUGCCUGCCGUUGCUGACUCGUCAGUCGGGGGUCUCUUGCAGGUUCACCUCUGGAAUUCGCGAAUGCCGUGCCAACGUCUACCCCCCGCGACCUCAUCCAGACUCGUUGGCCCCACCACCGGUCUUGAUCGGACCUGCGUGCUUCAUCUGGGAUGUGGCUCCUCCGGACGCGACCGCGAUGGCCUCUCCCAGCGCCAGCACCUCGAAGGCGCCGAGUCCGGGCCCGCCGUUGCGACGAUUGCUCGUACGCCUCCACCCCACUUUCAACAAGGCUGUCCUGGACGUCAUUCAUACGCACCUCGAGCAGGACCCGGUCACGCUAGCGGGCAUCGCCGCGAGACCGCUCGAGCAAGAGCUGUUGACGUUCGAACUGACAGGCCACCGCUCGACCGAGAUCAUCAAAGCGUGUCUAAAGCCGACGCUCGCGAAUGCGCACAGCAAGCUCGACGCUUGGAAGCGCCUUGAUGACAAGGCCGGACCGGCGGGGGUGCCGACGUCGAUGGUGUUGGGGUUGAGCGUCUACGACCCGAGGUUGAGGUGAGCGACAAUGGCCCGCGGGUGAGCCCCCGCGAGGAGGUAAGCUGAUUAACGAUCCCCUUCCCUACCACGGGCUUUCAGCUUCCCCCCCAAGUUGGCCAAGGCGUCCACCAACCCUUCCAAGCCAAAGAAUGCGAAAGCCACGACGCUGCUGCAGCCGGGGACGGAACUCGCUCAUGUCCACGAUUUUUGGUCACCCAGGGUGAGGGCGGCGUUGAGGAAGCCGCACUACACCAAGCACGACCUCGACCAACGACGCGCCGAGCUGCUCGUCCCCGGCACAUCCUUGACUGCACAAGCGCAAGACGAUCGCAUCCCCGUGCUCCUGGUGCAAUGUUCGCUCGCGGCGGCGCCGAACGCGCCCGAAGCGAUGUACGGCUGGACGCUGAUCGUGCCCGCGGGGUGGGGAAUGGCGUUUUGGACCUCGUUGGUCCACGCUCAAUCGCGCGUCGGAGGGUUGCAACAGGUGCGACAGCAGUCGUUCGAAGCCGGGCUCGCGACAUGGCCGCAGGAUUUCGUCGGGACGCGCGCGUUCGACGAGUACGAACUCGCGCGCGAGGUCGAGGACAAGGGGCAUUGGGAUCGACGACCGCCGGCGAAGCGGCCGAGCUGGGCCAAAUUGGGGACCGAGGCACCUUGGCGGGCCGAAGUGGGCCAGAUCGUGGAGCGGCGGUGGAAGGGACAGCGGGUCGCGGCGGGAGCGCGUCCGGGGCGGAGCCAGAAGAAGUCGCUGUGGUUGGUCGAAGCGGCGAUCGCACGCGGGGUCGAGCAUGUCUUGAUGGAGCGCGAACGAACCGAGGGCAGAACUAAGACGACUACCAAGCAGGCGAAAGGGAAAGGAAAAGAACCAUCGAGCGUGACUACGACCAAGCCCACGGGCGCUUCAGCCCUCGUCGACGAAUACGUCAAGCGGCUCGUCAAAGAGUACGACUCGGCGAGUGCGACCAAGGAGGCGGAGCUGCUGCUCGAAACAGCGCUCGUGCAGUGUCGCGUCACCCCUCUCGGUCGAGGAGCCCCGGAAGAACUGGGGCUCGUCUAUUCGCUGGACCAAGAACGUCGGGACAAGGUCGCUAACGGGCUCGAGCGGAAGCAGGCCUCCGGUGGUGGUGAUGAGAGUGAUGACGGCGAAGACAAGGAGGAGGAGGAGGACGCGGCACUCGUGCGUCAACCGGUUGGAGAGGCGCCUUGUUGCCUGCACUAAUCCAACAGUUCUCUUGGGUGCAGUUGUGCGAGGUCCCGAGCAAGGCGGACGUGAUGGGCCGCAUCACCUCGGGUGGGUUCUCGCUCGCUCGAGGGCGAGGCCACGCCAUCGCCGUUGUGCCCCUGUUUCUGUACCUUGACCUGAUCAAGAGGGAUGCCAAGUGAGUUUGGCGCUUAAAACAGGUACGUGAGAAUGUCCUCGAGGAACUGAUUGCUUUGCCCUACUUUCCCAGCACCUCGGGUCGACGUCGCCGCAUGGUGGUCGUGCGCAAUCGGGACGGAGAGGUUUACAGGCCGUGCUCGUUGACCCUCUUGUAA